AUGGUGUUCACUAAACGCGUACUCAACCGGGGCUUGCUUGCCGUCGGCAGCAUCUUGUUGGCGAUCACUUCUCUGUCGCUAGUGGGUGCAAGUCUGUGGUUGCUGGCGAGGUUUCGUGCAGGCGUGGCGGCAGUGUCGCUGGCGACAGCUGUCAGUGCUUUCGCAGCUGCGGCGUUUGCCGCACUACCUGCCACUGGUCUGGCAACGUAUACAGCUUUCAAGUCGAUGAAGUGUCGGGACCCUCCUCAUCAAUGCUUGCCGACUCGACUAUCAACGCUGUAUCGAUGGACGACAUACGCUGCGAUCUACGUGACCAUGAUCCCCUGCGGUCUGGGACUUUCAUUUGCGCUUUCUGCGACAUGCCACUCCGACGAGUCUCCGUGGCAUCGGGGACUCUCGUGCGAGCUCAUGAAGGUUGUCUGGGCUUUGUCCAUGUUCAUGCUCAUUCUCGUUGUCCUGGUCCUCCUGCCGCUGCGCAGAGCCCUGGUGGCAUCUGCACUGCCACCAGUGAAGAAAGAAAGCGACACAGAGUCGACCUCGUCACUCGAGAAACCUGAACAAUUCUGGCCACCUCAUGUAUACGCGAACUUCGAUCGACCGGCAACGCGUGAGCAACAGCGGUGGCUGCAGCGACGGAAUAGCUUGUCUUCCCAGAAAGCUAUUUAUCCUUACGCUUUCGAACCUAGACGGUCAGCAUCAUACACAGGCUAUAUCACAUCACCUGGCAGCCAUUACUCGUUUCAGCGGAACACCAUGCGAUCAUUCUCAGACUCACAGCCAACACUGUACGAUCCUCAUCGGUCGGGUUCGUUCUCAACAAACUCACGGCCUAUGACUGCAAUUUCUUCUACGGGUAGUAUGUACUCCCGUCGAUAUCGUCAGCCGGACCCGAACUGCCCGGCCAUACCUGAGUCGCCGAGCCAAAGCAUAGACUUGGCAGCCCCUAAGCCCAAGGCUGUUGAUGCAGCGCCGAGCUUGCCGCCUGCUCCGCCUCCAGCUUGGUGUCCUCCCCUAUCGCAUGCGCCGUUGAGCUCAGAUCCGGCCAUCAGAGCGCUUACAGGCUCGCCCGCUGGCCAGGUCAAAACGUUGGCAUCAUCCACAAUCAGCAGCUCUUAUGCCCCUGGCAAUGGCUUCUCGCGUGCUGCGUCUAUCAUGCCAAGUUUGUCGCGCGCGACCACAACACAAACAUCAAUCCUCAAUAUUUCCAGACCUUCCACGGCAUCGACCGAUACCCGAUCGGCGUCCACAGCCAGCACUUCACGCAAUAGUAGCCGUAAUGUUUCCCCUCCUCCGCCACUACCACCGCUGCCCAGCCCUCCAACUCAGCCGCCGCCAGCUGUGCCUCGUCGCGCACCUGGACACGCGGCAGCACAACCCUCAACACCCACACUUGUUGCGUACGGGCCUGGCAUAGCAACCACACGAACCUUGCGGCGGCCGGAGAUGAUUGGCAAGUGCGGUGUCGGUGACGAAUUCAUCCAGGUCCAAUAUCAGCACCAAAGCGGCCAAAUCACAGAGAUACACGCCGAGUAA